GUUUUUUUUUAAAUUUGGGCUUUCACCUAAUGAUCUCUCCGUUUCCUAGGCUCCAGUGAAGUCUCUUUCUUGCUCGGUUAAAAACUUCCAACUUCAAUCAGAGAAAGAUCAAAGCCCAAAGCUUUUUCCAAAUAAAGAAUCGAUCUUUUGCUUGACGACAGUUACUCUCAGUGGAAAGGAUGAUGAAUCUGUUGGCCAUCGUCGUUGGAUUUGGAAUCAUGGGUAUUGUUGUGGUUGAUGGGCUAGGUGUGUACUGGGGAACAAUGGCUACACAUAAGCUACCACCAAAGACAGUGGUUCAAAUGCUUAAGGACAAUAGCAUUAACAAAGUUAAGCUUUUUGAUGCGGAUGAGACCACAAUGAGUGCACUUGCUGGCUCUGGUCUUGAAGUUAUGGUUGCUAUUCCUAAUGAUCAGCUUAAGGUCAUGGGAAGUUAUGACCGAGCUAAGGAUUGGGCUCUUAAGAAUGUCACUCGUUAUAACUUCAAUGGUGGUGAUGUUUUGAGUUUAGACUAGUGAGAGGAACUAUUUUUUGUCCAUGUAUUAAAUUGAAUAAUAUGGUGAAAUUUUUACUUGGAAGAGUCACAAUCAUUUA